AUGCCGCGCUCGCUCGCGUCGAUGCGUCAAGAUCCGUUCGCGAACGUGUUCAAGCUCUGCGGGCUCGAUCAGAUGCGCGACGUGACGACCGAGGGCGACGUCGCGACGAUCGUGGACCGGUCUCUCGGCCGGAAGGUCUUGAACGUGAACGGCAACGUCCCCGCGGCGAACUACUUCCGCCUCCCGAAGAUCGGGAAGCCCCCGCUCGGGCUCAGAGGGCGCUUCGCCUACGUCCAAGCGCGUCUGGACCCGGAGCGCUUCUACGCGAUCCACCUCGACGUUCUCUGCGUCGGUAGCGGCGACGGACCGGGUAAACACGACACCGGAUUCCGCGCGGGCGCCAAGACUGUUCGCCUCUCGCUGUCCAACCUCUACAAGAAGAAGGGCGAUAACAAACCGUACGACGCGUUAGGCGGCACCGCCUUCGCCGGCGCCGCCGGCGACGUCGACGCCGUCACCGGGAUGCCGCCGCUGACGGCGAAGGGCGACGCGCCGGCGUCCCCGCCCGCGGGCGCGGUUCUGACGCCGGCGUUGAAACUGGAGCGCGUCAUCGGGCUGAGCGGCGAGCACGCCGGCGCGGUGUGCUGGGCGCCCGAGGGCUCGAGCGUGGCGUAUCCGUGCGGCGGCGUCGUCGUCGUGUCCGACGCGCUCACCGGGAAGCAGUCGCACUUGUUCGGGCACACCGAGGACGUGCACCUGCUGACGUUCUCCAAGGACGGGCGGUAUCUCGCGACGGGUCAGCGAGGGCGGCACCCGACGGUUCGGUUGUGGGACUUUGAGACGAUGAACUGCGUCGCGACGAUGCAGGCGCACGCGUCGGGGUUGAGUUCGGUGGACGUCUCCCCCGACGGCCGCGCGCUCGUCGCCGCGGGGAUGGACACGCAGGGGAGGCAGCUCAUCGCGGUGUGGGACAUCUCGAAGACGCCCCACGGUGGCGCCGCGCCGAUGGUGUUGAGGCAUCGCACGGACUACCACGUCAACUGCGUGCGGUUCUCGCCGUUCGAGGAGGAUCAUCUCGUGACGUGCGGGAAGAAUUCGAUUCGCGCGUACCGGCUGCGGAAAGGGCAGCUGCGCGGCUGCUCGGUGAGCCUCGGCGACUUGAAACUCUCGAAGAUGAUGUCCGGCGAGGCUGCCGCGGCGACGGACAAGACACAAAAGAAGAAACGCCCGGUCGACGAGCGUUUACUG